GGCCAUGGGGGCUCUCCCGGCGCUGCUCGGGGCCGCUUUGCUUUGGGCCGGCGCCGGGGCCCUCGUCAACCUCAAGUACACGGUGGAGGAGGAGCAGCGAGCCGGCACGGUGAUCGCCAACGUCGCCAAGGACGCCCGGGACGCCGGUUUCGUGCUGGACCCCCGGCAGCCCGCCGCCUUCCGGGUGGUCUCCAACUCGGCCCCCCACUUGGUGGACAUCAGCCCCGGGUCCGGGCUGCUGGUGACCAAGCAGAAGAUUGACAGGGACUUGCUAUGCCGGCAGAGCCCCAAGUGUGUCAUCUCGCUGGAGGUGAUGUCCAGCUCCAUGGAGAUCUGCGUGAUCAAGCUGGAGAUCAAGGACCUGAACGACAACGCGCCCAGCUUCCCCACCGACCAAAUCGAGCUGGAGAUCUCGGAGACGGCCAGCCCUGGCACCCGGGUGCCACUGGAGAGUGCCUAUGACCCGGACUCGGGCAGCUUUGGUGUGCAGAGCUAUGAGAUCACCCCCAAUGACCUCUUUGGGCUGGAGACCAAGACGCGGGGUGAUGGGUCCCGUUUUGCUGAGCUGGUGGUGGAGAAGAGCCUGGACCGUGAGACCCAGUCCCACUACAGCUACGUGAUCACGGCUCUGGAUGGGGGUGACCCGCCCAACUUUGGCACGGUGGAGCUCAGCAUCCGCGUCAUCGACUCCAAUGACAACAACCCGCUCUUCGAGGAGCCAGCCUACACCGUCAGCGUGCCUGAAAAUGCCCCUCCGGGGACGCCAGUCAUCCGCCUCAAUGCCUCUGACCCGGACGAGGGCACCAACGGCCAGGUCCUCUACUCCUUCCACAGCUACGUCUCCGAGCGGGCCCGGGAGCUCUUCCAAAUCGACCCCCAGAGCGGCCUCAUCACGGUGAGCGGUGCCAUCGACUACGAGGAGGGUCACGUCUACGAGCUGGACGUGCAGGCCAAGGACUUGGGGCCUAACUCCAUCCCUGCCCACUGCAUGACCAUCAGCGUCCAGGAUGCCAACGACAACCCGCCCCUGAUCAACCUGCUCUCCGUCAACAGCGAGCUGGUGGAGGUGAGCGAGAACGCCCCGCUGGGCUACGUCAUCGCCCUGGUGCGCGUCUCGGAUCGCGACUCCGGGGCCAACGGGCGCGUGCAGUGCAAGCUCCUGGGCAACGUGCCUUUCCGCCUGCAGGAGUACGAGAGCUUCUCCACCAUCCUGGUGGAUGGGCGGCUGGACCGGGAGCAGAGGGACCAGUACAACCUCACCAUCCAGGCUAGGGAUAACGGCAUCCCUUCCCUGCAGGCCACCAAAUCCUUCACCGUCAAGAUCACUGAUGAGAAUGACAACCAUCCUCACUUCUCCAAGCCCUACUACCAAGUCAUUGUGCAGGAGAACAACACCCCGGGGGCCUACCUGCUCUCGGUGUCAGCCAGAGACCCCGACCUGGGCCUCAAUGGCAGCGUGUCCUACCAGAUCGUGCCCUCCCAAGUCAGGGACAUGCCUGUGUUCACCUAUGUCUCCAUCAACCCCAACUCUGGAGAUAUCUAUGCUUUGAGGUCCUUCAAUCAUGAACAGACCAAGGCCUUUGAGUUCAAGGUCUUGGCAAAAGAUGGGGGUAAUCCCUCUCUGCAGAGCAACGCCACUGUCAGGGUGAUCGUGCUGGACGUCAAUGACAACACGCCUGUGAUCACGGCCCCGCCGCUGGUCAACGGGACGGCCGAGGUGUACAUCCCCAGGAACGCGGGGGUUGGCUUGGUGACGGUGGUCAAGGCCGAUGACUAUGAUGAGGGUGAAAAUGGGCAGACUCCUAUGAAAUGGUGGGAAGGAGACAGAGGGUUUUUUGAGAUCGACCAGGUCAAUGGAGAGAUAAGGACCACCAGAGCCUUUGGGGAGAACGCCAAAACAGCCUAUGAGCUCAUCGUGGUGGCUCAUGACCAUGGGAAAACAUCUCUCUCGGCUUCUGCCUUGAUUUUGAUAUACCUGUCUCCAGCCCUGGAUGCCCAGGAGUCCAUAGGAUCUGUUAACCUCUCCUUGAUUUUCAUUAUUGCCCUGGGGUCUAUUGCAGCCAUUCUUUUUGUCACCAUGAUCUUUGUGGCAGUCAAGUGCAAAAGGGAUAACAAGGAAAUCAGGACCUACAACUGCAGAAUCGCGGAGUACUCCUACGGGCAUCAGAAAAAAUCCAGCAAGAAGAAGAAGAUCAGCAAGAACGACAUCCGCCUGGUGCCGCGGGACGUGGAGGAGACGGACAAAAUGAACGUGGUGAGCUGCUCCUCCCUCACCUCCUCCCUCAACUACUUCGACUACCACCAGCAGACCCUGCCGCUGGGCUGCCGCCGCUCCGAGAGCACCUUCCUCAACGUGGAGAGCCAGAACAGCCGCAACGCCGGCUCCAACCACAUCUACCACCACACCUUCACGGGCCAGAGCCCCCAGCAGCCCGACCUCAUCAUCAACGGCAUGCCCCUGCCAGAGACUGAGAACUACUCGUUUGAUUCCAACUACGUGAACAGCAGAGCUCAUUUGAUAAAAAGCAGCUCCACGUUCAAGGACUUGGAGGGGAACAGUCUGAAGGACAGUGGCCAUGAGGAGAGUGACCAGACAGACAGCGAGCACGACGUGCAGCGGGGCCUCUACUGCGACACGGCCGUCAACGACGUGCUCAACACCAGCGUGCCCUCCAUGGGCUCCCAGGGCCCUGAGCAAGAGCCCAGCGAGGGGUUCCACUGCCGGGAGGAGUGCCGCAUCCUGGGCCACUCGGACAGGUGCUGGAUGCCGCGCGGCGCCGUGCCCAGCCGCGCCAAGUCCCCGGAGCACGGCAGGAACGUCAUCGCCCUGUCCAUCGAGGCCUCGGCGGUGGACGCGGAGCCUUACGCAGACUGCAGCACAAAAAGGACCUUCGCCACCUUCGGCAAGGAGGGCGGCGAGCCCCCGGCCGACGAGCGGCUCGCCAACCCCAAGGCCAAAAGAACGGUGGACUCGGCCGCGUGCAGCCCCAAGGUGAGCGGCGCCGUGCGCGAGGCCGGCAACGGCUGCGAGGCCGUCAGCCCCGUCACCUCGCCCCUGCACAUCAAGAGCCCCUUGGCCACCAAGCCGGCGCUGCCCUACGGAGCCGGGCACUGCCGGGAGCCCUUUGGGAACAGUGGCCCUUCCCGGCCCAGCGAGGCAGAGCCCCGGGCGGACAGCGAGGGCGGCGGGCAGGAGGGCAACCCGCUGCUGCAGGAGCGCCGGGACAAGGACUCGCCCGGUGCCCGCAGACUGAAGGACAUCGUCCUCUGAGCAUCGUCCUUUGAGCGGCAGCAGACUGAAGGACAUCGUCCUCUGAGCGUCGUCGAUCAUCGACAGCAGGGCGAGGACGAGGGACCGCACGACUCCCAGCGCAGAUUGUUUUUAUCGCUUACCAAUGGUUCACAGAUUGCUGUAUUUAAAAGCUUUCCCUCAAUGUAUUGUUUAUAAAUGAAGCUAUCGUUGGUGUGACAAUCCCACGUGUCUGACACGGCCACAGCCGGUGUUGUGCGUUUGCCGGGAGGCGGCGGGUGGCGGGGGCAGAGACCAGACCCCCCGGUCCUCAGGAGCGCUCGGUCCCCUCCUCGGAGUUUCUAUAUUUUUAUAUCUCCAAACGAAGAUAAAUUUCCAUUCCUGCAGAGAAUUGAGUGGCAAAUUCCUUAUGGGACGUGUUUAGUAACCACCCCGGCGGUUUUGUAGUCUGGACAGAGUAGCGGCUGUUUCUUGUGUGGGACUGUUCAGAGUGACAGUCGGGUGAGCUCUGCUCAGACUCGCCCAGCACGAGGUUGUUUGUGUUUUAAGGUGUUGGUGUUUUGCUAUGGACACCCCUGCAUUUAUGAAUCCUUUUGCUGUCACAUACUUACCUGUACUAUUAUUGUAUUUGAUAUUGCAAAUUACUGUAUGUCUGGUGAUGGCAAAAGGCUUUCAGGCUUAAAGAAAAAGGAAUAAUAAAAAAAAGCAAACCAAGUCACAAUCAUCUUACUUAAACGUUGGGGAACCUGCAGUUUGCACCCUGGUGGAGCAAGCGCUUCUUCCAGCCCCCACCACUGCCUGCAGCUCCCCUGGCUCCUGCAGGGAAAUGACAGGGCACUGUGGGAAGGCAUUUUUGGGAAAAUCCUGCCUGGAUUGCAAUUUUCGGAUGCACUGUGCUGAACUCUUCCCCUCACCCGUUUCUUUUGCAUAAUUUCAAGGCAAUGCAUGGAAAGGUGUUUUUUUUUUUUCCCCAGAAUUGGUUAUUUUGGUUUUUUUCCAGUUCCCAGAUUUAGAUAUCCCUCGCCUCCAGUCAUUUCCAAGUCAAAGAGAUGGAAUUAUUUUAAGAGAUCUAAAUUACCUUCUCAAUUAGACACACACUCUUCCAAGUCAGCGUUUCCUAGCCAUGAUUAUGCCAAGAGUGUGUAUGUAGGUAUGACAUCAUGGCAUGGAUUUGAGGCUGUUCCAUUUCUUUCUAUCCCUGCAUCAUAAAUAAGUAUGGAAUGAGCAAUAGUGAUGUUAAUUUAGGGGCAGACAGGUGAUAUGUAACAACGCUACUAAUUCAAUUAAUGUGCCUUCUUAAUGGAGAAAAAAUUAAAGCAAUUCUUUAUUUUUUCUCAUAAUUAAGGACUUUUUUGUGUGGGUACAAAUCUACUCAUAUAAAAUUGAUUUGAAAAUUGAGCUACUUUAAUAGCCAUUUUGUAGAAGGGAGAGAGGGAAGGGAUUCCACAGCUCUGCUCUCUUGCAGUGAUGAUUCCUCAGUGAGGUAUGAGUAAGGUAGGAGGAUUUCAGUUAGUGUAUUAUUCUUCUUAUUAUUAUUGCUAUUAUUAUUAACCCUUCACUGAACGGAUUUUUCCUACCCUCAAUAAUGUUUCCUAGAAGUUAAAAUUGAUUAUGGAAGGAAAAAUGUAUAGCUCUUGCCAAUGUUUGCUGUACCAGCAAGUUGAAAUUAGUGGUUUCUAGAGAAAGAGUCUUUCUAGGUCUACAUAUCAUGAUAAAGUAUUUGUUACUUGAUUUAUUUAAAUGAAAACAACAAGAAAACAAGUUCCAGUUGUCAUUAUCCUCAAUAUCAAAUUAAACUCCAGCCAUUUAUUUCUUCAGGGCAGAUUGAUCUUGCCUGAAGCCACAGCUGGUCCAAGAUGGGUCCAGAGUCAGCCUGUUCCCUCUGCCACUUGCUAGGGCCAGGAAUUGGGAAAGAAUCAACAAAAAACCAGUUGUGUAAUGAAAUUUGUGAUGCUUCCCUCACUGGUGUGAUGACUACCUCAUUCAGCUCCCAUCCCACGCGUUAACAUCGUGUCCUGCAUCCCUCCAGAGAGCAAACUGGGGGUUUCCUCCCCUUUCUGGAUUCUGAGCCCAUUUUUCAGGGAGAUGUUGUUUCUGUUCCCACUGUGUUUCCUGCCUGUGUACUGUUACUGCUGUCAUUGAUUUCUGGGUUUUUUUGCCCAAAUGUGUGUUUUAUUAUAACACAAGCAAAGAGGAGAGGGGCUGGCUGGGGGCUGCUGGAGUAACUGGGUGUUCUGUAACUGUUAAGCUGAGUUUUCUGGUGUUGCCUGGUUUUGUCAGCUCUGGGUGGGUUUUUUGGGGGGAAUCUCCUGGGUGUUUGCUGAGAGACAGAGCCUGCAGUGCCCCAUGCAACGACUCCAUGUGGCCCCACCAUCCUGCAGAGGGGACCCAGCUUCCCCAUGGCCCGUGGAGUGGGAGUGUGGGUGCCCCAUCAUCAUCACAUCAAUCAUCAUCAAUCAUCAUCAUCAUCAUCAUCACCAUCAUCAUCACCACCCCCAGCUGCCUGGAAAAGCACCAGCCCUUAAUUCCUGCCCCCUGCCUGCAGAGCUGCCACCACCAGCCUUGUGCUUUGGAUGUAAAAUAGAUGCUAACUGAAAAGGAAGAGAGGGAAAAAAAAAAAAAAAAAAGAAAAAUAGAAACAUUUCUCUAAUUUACCCAGAGGAAACGUUCCUUGCCACUCUGAAUAAAAGCACAGCCGAGAAAGGAUGUGAAAUAAUUCUGUAUUAAAAGGGGGCAUUAAAGAGGUCAGUAAACCCUUAUGCCUCCAAGAAAAUCAUUUAAACACCAGUUUUCUGGGCUGACCCAGGCUGCAGUGGGGGAUGUGAGCGAGGGGCCCUUCCCUGCCACAGCCUUGCUGCACGGGGCCAAGGGGAGACCAGCCCUGGUUUUGCUGCCUUGGCCCUCUCCAGAAUAUUUUGGUACUCCUGUCACUGUCCCUCUGUGUCACUCGAGAUGAGUUCAGGCUCCUGGGCAAAUCACAGUCUCUUGUUUUUGUUUUUUUUUUUUCCUACUUGCAUCAAAAACUGCCCCAUGCAAAAAUGUUCCGAGCUGCAGGGCGGGCAGGAAGGCCUUUUGGACGGGUUCCAGAUGUGAUUAUUGUGCUCUUUAAUAACUUGAACCUGUCCUCAGAUUUGGUUUAGGAAGAAUCGCUGGGAUCUGUUGGUUUCCUUCAGGCUGUGCUCCCUGUUUGUCCAGGAGAGCAGCCAGCACCGACGAUUGUCCCCGAGCAUGACGAGGACCCCAUCGGGAGCAGCUCUGGGGCUGGGGCCGGGGGCUGAGCUCUCCCUGCUGCCACUGGGAGCCUUUCCCACCCCUCCACCCUCCAGGGCUGGGCAGCAGGGAUGGUGGAGAGCUGGGGGGCAUGAGGGAUGGCUGGAAAAGUCCCCCCCAAACACUGUCUGCUGAGGUUGUUGCCGUUCCCUGUUUGUUGUGAGCUGGAGGUGGCCUGUGGAUCACACUUUGUGCAAAAGUGAAUUCCUUUCUUUUCUUUUUUUUUUUAAAUUGUUAUUUUUCCAAAUAGGAAACGAGUUGCUUUUUGUGAAGAACACACUGUCUGAUGAAUAUGUCGAAAUUAUUCUUGGGGGGGUGGUGGGUGGGGGGGGGCGGGAAAGAGAGAAUAAAAACAAAAAAAUUCUAAUUUUGAAUGGAAACACAUUUGUCUGUCAGUGGGGAAAACGGAUGGUCUUGUUGCUCCAGCUGCUGUUGCAGCUCUGGGUGAUCUCUGAGCCAACCUGAGAGCUGCGGGGAGCCCCCCGCUGCCAGCCCCUGCUGAGCCUGAGCCCAGCUCCACCAGCCUCAGCUGAUGUUCAGCUGAUGUGAGCUGGGGAGGAGGCUCCAGACACCCCCCAAAGCGGCUCGAGCUGGGGAGGAGGCUCAGACACCCCCAAGGCGGCUCUCAGCAGGGACCCACGCGGUUUCCUCUCGUCAUGGUGUCUCCGUUGCCGAGUAUAUGAAGAAUAAAUUGUUGUAUAUGCUGAUAUGUAUGUUAUGUACAUUUUCACAGUGAUUGAAUCAUUGUAAA